UCCAGCUGCUUUGGCUCAGGCGGCUGACGGUCCCCUCGAGGGAGACUUUCCCAGGCAGGCAACGUCUUAAAUCAAGACCAGGCCGGAAGAAGCUCCGGCAGAAAAGGUAAGUCAUCAUGAGCAGAAGAGCUGCCGGUGGUGGUGUUGGCGGUAGCGGUGUCCGAAAGCACGCUGCCCUCAUCUUCUGCUUCUGCGCCUUGAUAUGCCUUUCCAUUUCCUUUAACCUCUUCCACUCUCACACUCUCCUCUUCUCCUCAACCGAAACCCCUCCAACUGUUACUGACUCGGCCGGCAAAUCGGAGGACGAGCGGCCGCCGUCUUCCUUGAAGGCAUGGCCUCCACUUCCCUCCUUCACUCCGUGGUCGUUCGACCCUAAUCUCACUGUGGGAUCCUGCGAGGCCUACUUCGGCCAUGGCUUCGGCCACCGCGUGGACUUCCUUGCUGGCGGGGCCGGUAGUAAUGGUGCAGGUGGGUGGUUCCGCUGCUUCUACAGCGACACCCUCCGGAGUUCUGUGUGCGAGGGAGGGAGGAUCAGAAUGGAUCCCGAUCGGAUCCGGAUGUCGAGGGGCGGCGAGGAUCUGAAUUCGGUGAUCGGCCGGAGAGACGAGGAGGAGCUCCCUGUCUAUGAAGAAGGGGCUUUCGUCAUAGAGGCGGAGGGCGAGGAGAGGAGGAUCGUUGACGAGGUGGAUCUCGAUCGAUUUGUGCCUGUUGGCGCUGUGCAUCAUCACACCAUGCGCAAUUUGAUCGGCUCUAUCCGCUCGGUUCCGCCGGAGAUACUUGAGUGUUCUCAGUGGAUAGAUGAUCCGGUGUUGCUUGUUACUCGAUUCGAGUAUGCUAAUCUCUUCCACACGGUUACUGAUUGGUAUAGCUCGUAUGUCGCCUCACGAGUCACUGGUCUGCCUGCUCGACCGCGUCUGAUAUUUCUGGAUGGCCAUUGCAAGGCACCCAUUGAAGAAGCUUGGGAAGCACUGUAUUCAAGUGUGCAAUAUGCCAAAGGUUCUGGUACUCUGUGCUUAAGUCACGCUAUUCUAUCACCUUUGGGUUAUGAGACUGCUUUGUUCAAGGGACUCAGUGAGGUCAUAAAUUGCCAUGGUGCUCCUGCUCUUGAUUUAUUGGGUAGUCCUGAUACUGCAAAAACUUCACGGCUUACAGAGUUUGGAGAAAUGCUUAGAGCAUCAUUUGGCCUUCCUUUAAAGGAAAACAUUCCAAAGCUAUUUUCUGCCCCUAAUAUACUAUUUAUUAGGAGAGAAGAUUAUUUGGCACAUCCUCGCCAUAGUGGGAAGGUGGAAUCAAGGUUAAGCAAUGAGCAGGAGGUAUUUGAUGCUCUCAAAGAAUGGACUUCUACCAGAGCAAAAUGUAAAGUACGUCUUGUGAAUGGGCUAUUUGCACACAUGCCUUUCAGGGAACAAGUGCAUGCAAUACAGGAAGCAUCACUGAUUAUAGGCGCUCAUGGGGCUGGUCUCACUCACAUUAUUGCUGCAAUGCCACAAACGAUUAUCCUUGAAUUGCUGAGUAGCCUUUAUAGAAGGCCACAUUUUUCCUUGAUUUCACAAUGGAGAGGGCUCACUUAUCAUGUCAUCAACCUUCAAGGUUCGCAUGCCAGUCCCGAUGAGGUUAUGAAGAAAGUUAGCGCCAUACUGGACAGCUUUCAGUGUUGAAGGUCUCUGUGCUACACUGGUUGAUAGCUACUGGUCACAGUCCCUUUUAUUUAUGGAGUUGGCCUGUACAGGAUAUUGUGAACAUUCUUUCUCUAAAUGUGUGCACAUGGCAAAUGUUAACGAUUUUUCGGCAAUAGGAAGAUCUUGCCCUUAAACUUGGGUUAAAUCCAAGCUCUACUCUGUAGAUCCAACAACUUUCCCAAAUGACAAGAUAAAGCAAACACGAGGCUUUAAAAAUGUGAUAUCCUUGCAUUGCAUGUUGACCCUUCUAAUAUGAUAGCAGAUGGAACAUUUCUUGCUGACUGUUAAAAAAAUCUGCUGGUGCUUAUCAUCUUGAGGUGUUUUCCUGUGGAAGCCAGUUAAUUUGAGAGCUGGGACUGGUCAAGUGCUUAACAAAAUUUCUUCCUUCCUACACUAGUAUUCAGCCAGUCAAAACUUUUUGUAUUGAUUAAUAAAUGAUUAUGUAUCUUAAGAUGUUUUUAUCGUUUGAAUUUUGUCCACAGGAGCUGCUAAUUGUAAGACAUCAUUUGUAAUUACUUUGUAUCAGCUGUUGUCACCUUAAUAUUCUCAUUCUUUUCUUGGUA